GGCUAUCCAGGGCCUUGGGGCUUUGGCUCAGUUUAAGCAGAGUGGGUAUUUAAGCCCUAUUUCCUUCUCUCCCUUUUCCCCCUCUCUUUCCCUCUAAUACUUUUCUUCCUCCUGUUUGUAAUUAAAACACCCUAAAAAGGUUAACAGCUGACUUGAGUUUUCAUUUAGGAAUUACAUAGCUGAAUUCCUUGGCGACCUUAAAUUAAUAUAUAUAUCAGUCUUUUAAAGUUAUUUCCAUGUCACAGGAAGGCACCAUUAGCAUCUAGGAAGGAAUCAGAAAAGGCUCUUAAAGGAGGAAAAAUAUGAACUGAAUUUUGAAAGGAAUUAGGAAUUCUAAGAGCAGAAGUAAAGAGGGGACAUAGUAUGUUCCAAAGAUGGUGACAAUUUGUGCAAAGGCAUGGACAUUGGAGAUGGAAUGUUGUGUGUGAGGAAUAGCAAGUAGGUCAGUUUGGCUGGAUUGUUGAGAACGUAGAGGAGAGAAAUAUAUCAUUAUCCUGGAAAGGUAGGCCAGAAUUAUAUGUUGAAAAUCUUUAAAAGCCAAACUGGAGUUUGUAUUUUAUCUUAGAAGUAAUGGGGAGUUUUGAACAGGUUAAUGACAUAAGCAAACAUAUGCUUUAUUGAAAUUAUUGACAGCUGUGUGAAUCAUAAAUUGGAGGAGGGAAAGAAUUGACCAGUUAAGAGGCUGUUGCAGUAGUUCAGAGAAAAAGUUGUGAACUGAACUAGAGUGGUAGUCCUAUGAACAAAAAGAAGAAGACAAAAUUGCAGAGAUGUUAUGAAAUUAAUAAGACUUUGGCAAGAAAUAAAGAUUGACUCCAGAGGUUGCAAAUUUGAGUGAUCAGAAUAAUAGUGGUACCCUCAACAAAAGAAAAUUUAGGGAGGGAAGAGUAAGAAUGAAAGUUCUAUUUUUGGAAUGUUGAGUAAGAAGAGAGUAAAUAUAGUUGCUGCUGAAAGAGUAGGAAAAGCAAAGUAGCUGAAGAUGAGAAAUUAAAUCUCCAUUCCUCAUUUCAGCCAAUACCUUUUGUUUUCUCCCCCACCCCUCACCUUUUUAUCUUUAAGAAAGAGCACAAUAGGCUUCUUGUGAUUUAUUUUUGUCUAUUUUUACUUCAUAUCUAACAUAUCUGCCUUCUAGGUAAUGUAAUCUUCUGUUGGUAUGCACUACAGCAUGUUUUUGAUAUAGACAACUAUAUCAACUCCCAAAUAUAAAUAAUGUAUUUGGGGGCAAUUCUUUUCAUGUUUCCAUUUACUACAGUACUUCACUUCUUGAAGAGUUCUGGGUAAGUGGGUUAGCAUUUUACUUAAAUUGAAAUAAAAAAAUGAGGAUUCUAUACUUCAUCAGAGAUCCCAUUUGGAAAUUCUUUUAUAAAAGCUGUAGUAGCUCCCUCUAAACGGAUUAUGAUUUAUUGGGUGCCCAAUGCUAGAUGUACCUUUUAAAAAAUUAAGCAUUGUCAUAUUCUAACUUCCUUUAAAGCUUACCAGGAUCAUCCCCUCCUAUAGAGAGCCCUGCCCACUUGUAAGCACCUCCUCCCAAAAUUAGCAUUGUUUUUACUUAAUUUUAUUUAUGUAUUUUGAGGACAUUUUGAGAGAAUUGAGGGGGACAGCAAGUGGUUAAUUGUGGGAAUUGAGUGAACCACAAUGACUCUAUCUUGUUACUUCUAGAGCUAACUUAGUUUCCUUUCUACUGAAUUAUAGAGUUUAUUCAAUUGAAGGGACUGAGAGAAUAUCUAUUUCAUUGUCAUUCCCAGCCCUACAUGGCUGGGAAUUUGGACUUACCUGUACCUUCUGUUUAGAGACCCUUAAAAAAGGACCUAGGUUAUAUUGAUCAGAAAGUAAAUCAGAUGCCAAGACUGAUUCAGGAAUGAUUGUCAUGAUUGUACAUAUCAAGCAACCCAUACAUUUUAUAUGAAAACUGGCCCCAUAUUGAUCAUUUAUUGUUUUCAUGUUCCUUUGACUGUUUACUGGUAAUUGUGGAGUAGAAAACUUCAUUUCCUAAAUUCAAGAAUUUGACCUGUUUACUCUCCCUUCCCAACUUGUAAAGUGUAAUCUUUUCAUUUAUUUAUAUAUCAGAUUAUUUAGUACUGUAUUAUUUCCUUUUAUUUAAUUGGUCUUAAUUUUUUUUACUGUAUAAAAGUUUGUCCUCGCCUGUAUUAAAAAUCCAAUCCUAAACUGAGGAAAGGGCUGGGUCCCAAUUUGUUAGGCAAUUGGCAUACAUUGCUUAAUAAAUCUGUAUGUUCAGAAGAUCAAACCUUUGUUUCCUUAGUCAUUUCAUCUUUUGCUCCUUACAACAUACUCUUCCUCUUUCCUCAAAUUCCUGCCCCAGUAAACUGAAAAUUUCUUGAGGUUUUUUUUUGUCUUUCUAUUUCCAGCCCCUACACAGAUGCUUAAUAAGUGAUCAUUGAAUGCUAUUGAAUAAAUCAAUGCUUAAGGAACACUGAAAAUAACCAUUCAGAAUCAAAUUUUAUUAUUUAUUUAUCCUAAGACUUCAAGGAUCUGUGAUUUACUCCAAUAUUCUGAUACUCCUUUUACCUACAUAGAUCCAAAUUUUAACUCUGCAGGACUUAGUCUGGUUGAUAGGGGAAUAGAGGAGAGAGGACAGAAUAUGACUGUAGCCAACAGGUGAAGAAUCUCACCAUAUGUAAGGAUCUCUGGACAACAAAUACAACAGGCAUUGAAUCAUUGGACCCUUUAUCAUUUAUCUAUAUAAACAAUCUGAAAAGGAGACAAAACAAAUUUUUUUUUCCAGAUUACAAAUAGUCACAAUUUUUAACAAUCAUUUUCUAUUAUUUUGUGAUCCAUAUUCACUUCUUCCCUUCCCCCCUCCUUGAGAUGGCAGAUAAUAUGAUACAGGUUAUACAUGUGUUGUCAUGAAUGUUAUUUCAUGUUAUGAAAGAAGACAUAUUGCUUAUACUAAGAAAAAUUUCAUGAAGGAAAUGAAGUGAAAAAUUAUAUGCUUCAAUUUGCAUUCAAAUUCCAUCAGUUCCUUCUAUGGAAAAGGGUAGCCUUUUUCAUCAUGAAUCCUUUGGAGUUGUCUUGAAUCCUUGUAGUGCUGAUAAUAGUUAAGUCAUUCACAAUUGAUCAUAGUAUUUUAUUGCUAUUACUAUGUUCCACUGGUUCUUUUCACUUCACUUUGCAUCACUUCAUAUAGGUCUUUCUGAGAUAUUUUUGUGAUUGCCCUAUUUGUCAUUUUUUAAGGAAGCUCUUUUCUUUCCAGUUUCAUUCUAUUUUUUUAAAAGCACCCUCCUCCUUUGAAUUGAUUUACAGGUCACCUCCCUACAUAUCACCUAUCACACUUAAUGGUAGCUUUGAAAGAGAAGUAUCAUAAGUAUGUUAAUCAUUUCUAAACACAUGAUGUUGACAAAGAGAAUGAAUUCCUUUGGGCCUUUUGUGGGUGGCUAUUUCACAUAGAUAAUCAACAGGUACAAAAGACCUGAAGGGAUUGCUCUAAAAAGAUAAUACAAACAUAAACCUUUACAGUUGAUCUUGAGAUUCCUACUCUCUCUUUUGACCACGAAUACUUAAUCAUAUUUAUUUUAGUUGAAAGUUAAAUGAAAAUAUUAGUAUCAAUGAACUGAUAACUAUAGUUUUCCCUUAGUAGCCAUAUUCUUCAUAAACACUAUAUAUACCGAUUUGUCAUAUAGAAUAGAUGAUAAUUAAACCUUUAAAUCUGGUUGUACACAUUUAGUGUUUUUAGAAGGAAAACUUGAUUUUUGCCAUUUCAAUUUUCCAUAAAUUAAUGCAGUUUGCAGUUAUAUAUUCAGGAUUAAAAUAUGUAAUCUUAGCUAUGCUAUUAACCUUUAGACAAAUGCAGUUUUCCUCUGAUUUAUAUCUGAAAUAUGUGGAGAAUUGAGACCAAGAGGAAAAACAUAUUCAGUUAAAUAACUUUUUUAUGAUAUAUUCUCCAAUUAUAAGGUAAUUACUUUAUUGCUAAUGAUGACUGCAUGAUAAUCCAGGGUUGCCAAAUGAUCAUUCAUAGCAAGGUAAGAUUUUGAUUAGGGUGUAGUCAUGUGUAAUUAUAUUUGUAAAGCUCUUCAAGAACUUAGACAAAGGUACAUAGGGUGGCUUUGGAUCAUAAUGAGAUACAUUGUCUGAAAGCCUCAUUAGAAGUGGAAGAUGAAGAUGCUUUUACUUUUGAUGUUAUUCUAUGGCAGUGUCAACAGUGAUGCGGUUUCGAAGCCCAACAUUAUUAUAGCAAUGGCAGAUGACCUUGGCAUUGGAGAUCCUGGAUGCUAUGGAAACACAACCCUAAGAACCCCUAAUAUUGACAGGAUAGCCAAAGGGGGAGUCAAAUUCACUCAGCACUUAGCUGCAUCUCCACUGUGUACACCAAGUAGAGCAGCUUUUCUGACAGGCCGUUACCCUAUCCGAUCAGGGAUGGCUUCACGCUCUAAGGUUGGAGUGUUUCUAUUUUCAGCUUCCUCAGGUGGACUACCUACAAAUGAAAUCACUUUUGCCAAGCUUUUGAAGAACCAAGGCUAUUCUACAGCCUUGAUAGGAAAAUGGCACCUUGGGAUAAACUGUAACAGCAGAGAUGACUUCUGUCACCAUCCUUUAAAUCAUGGUUUUGACCAUUUCUAUGGACUGCCGGUGACCAAUCUACGAGACUGCAAACCAGGAUCAGGCACUGUGUUUACCACAGCCAUUCAUAUGUUUGUUUUCAUUCCUCUGCAAAUUGUUGGCAUCGCUCUUGUCACUUUGGAGGCCCUCAAUUGCCUUGGCCUGUUUCGGCUCCCUCACUGGGUAUUCUUUUCCUGUCUUUUAUUAGCAGCCACUAUAAUUGGACUCCUAGCCUGUUUCCUUCAUUUUUUCCGACCCUUAAACUGCAUCUUGAUGAGGAAUCAUGAGGUUGUCCAGCAACCAAUGUCUUAUGACAAUCUCACCCAGAGAUUGACCAGGGAAGCACUCAAGUUCAUAAACAGGAACACCGGGACACCCUUCCUUCUUUUCUUAUCCUAUAUUCAUGUGCACACUGCGCUUUUUUCCUCUAAGGAGUUUGUCGGCAAGAGCAAACAUGGAAUAUAUGGGGAUGCUGUGGAGGAGAUGGAUUGGAGUAUAGGGCAGAUCUUAAAAGCUCUAGAUAAGAAGAAAUUGACAAAUAAGACACUUGUGUACUUUACCUCUGACCAAGGAGCUCACAUCGAGGAGGUGACCGACAAGGGAGACAUCCAUGGAGGAAGUAAUGGAAUUUAUAAAGGGGGAAAAGCUAAUAAUUGGGAAGGAGGGAUCCGGGUUCCAGGACUUCUUCGCUGGCCUGGAGUGCUACAGCCUGGAACAGUGAUUGAUGAACCAACUAGUAACAUGGAUUUGUUCCCCACCAUUGUCAAACUUGCAGGAGCAGCAUUGCCUGAGGACAGAGUUAUUGAUGGACGUGAUCUGAUGCCCUUGCUUCAAGGAAAAAUCCUCCAAUCUGAGCAUGAAUUUCUUUUCCAUUACUGUAAUGCAUAUUUAAAUGCAGUGCGCUGGCAUCCGAGAAACAGCACAUCUAUCUGGAAAGCUUUUUUCUUUACACCAAAGUUUAAACCAGAUGACUCCAAUGGCUGUUUUCCAACCCACGUGUGCUUUUGCAAUGGGCAUUAUGUCACGCGUCAUAAUCCACCCCUACUCUUCGACAUCUCCAAAGACCCAAAAGAGAGACAUCCAUUAACUUCAAAAACGGAAAACCAUUUUCAUGAAAUUCUGAGAGUCAUGCAAGAAGCAGCGGACAACCAUACGAAGACACUCAGUGCAGUUCCCAAUCAGUUAUCUUGGGGAAACCUUCUUUGGAAACCCUGGCUUCAGUUGUGUUGUUCUUCUUCUUAUCUCUCCUGCCAUUGUGAUCGGGAAGCCAAAGGUAGGGGUAAAGGUGUCAGACUGUAGCAUCGAAACAAGCAAAGACUCUUUCCUGGAUGAAUAACCUUCAUUUGAAAAUUCAAAACUUGGAAUUCUGUUACUUUUCCCCACGUAGUCAACAAGGCCUGGCCAAAGCAAAUCAUAGUACCCCCCUGGAUCCCCUGGCAUGGUAUACUUUCUGUGAUCCGAAGGAUUGACUGUACUUUUCAUGAUAACUUAAUGAAAACUUUAGGGUUUGCUCUGUUGAGAAGGAAGAACUGUGGUCUUAAAUUGCAGGACCAAUAUGGCUGAUUUGGUUGGUGGGAUGUAGUAAGAAGUGUGAGGAUAAAGGAGGAAUUUGAGCAACUGUUCAAACAUUAGUACUGGUGGUUUGGACUCUACAAAAAAGCUCCAAAGAGAAUCGUCCCUCAUUCUUGAACUUCUUGUUAAGUCAUCUUUUUCCAUGACUUGGAGCUGGACACAAUGCCUGGCAAUGACUGUCUAUGAUUGAUAUAUUUUUGCAUUAGGGGAAAACGAGAAUGAAGAAAGAAAUUCUUCAAAAGGCAGAGUGUUUUUGAAACACUUAAGACUUAUGUAAUGAAUAAAAGAAUAUCACUUGUCUCAGUGGAAAAUGAUGUAACUUUUCACCUCUUGAAUGAAAGUUUUAUUGUUGUUCAUGAUGUGUUUAUUGAACAUGCUAAGAGUAAUGCACAAAUGAUAUAAAACCAACUUCAGCCCUGUAGAAAGUUAACAGAUGCAAAUGUGUACAGUAGAAACUUGUUAGAAGUAUAAAUUCAUUAACUUGCGCUAUAUUUCACAGGAAUCCAUGCCACGGAACUGACUUAUAGAUAUGGCCACCUUUUAAUAAGGUUCAUUUGAUACACCAAUAGUUUAUUCCCCAUGGCUGACCCACCCUCUACAGAAUUCCAUUCUGAAGUUCAUAAUAAUGUCCUAGUAUAGUUCCUUUUGUGAUGAAAAAUCAAGAGAUUAAAAAAAAAGGGAGUGUUGGGGGAAGGCAUUCAUAUGAAGGACUCCCAAUAUGAUUCAACAUGUUACUUUGAGGAAGCUUAUUCAAUUCUUUUUUAAUCUUGCAGCAAAAUAUGUUUUAAUUUGUACCACUGGCAAAUUUUCUGUUUUUCUUCUAUUAAUGAGUUAAAAUUUGACCCCUAGUGGCCAGAAUGGCCUUGGGCACAUGAUACAGAAAGUCUUGCCCUUCCAGUCCCUGUUGGGGAGCAGGACUAGGAGAACAUCUUGGUCCUGCUUGCCUAUUCCCCAAGCCACAAUCACACAAAGUGAAUCUUCAAUUUAUGACGAAUUCGACUUGAUCUAGGGAAGGUUGUGCUUGUGACUUCCCCUCUGAUAUUACGUGAAAUAUUCAGUGGAACUUAAAAGACAUUUUCGACUUCUUUUAUUCCACAAAACAAAUUUCCCCCCAAAAAGGAAGAAUUAAACAUUUCUUCAGAGGACAGAGGGAAUCUUUGAAACAAGGCCAUAGCAAUUGACCUUUGUAUAUUGGCUUAUUUAAUGUACCUCCUUAUAUAGUCUAAGAAAUUUCUGUAGCCCACUGGAACAAAUUCUUUUUAUUCUGUACCUUUCCAACUCAAUUUUACUUUCCAGGCCUAUAGUAAAAAGUAACAUUUUCUCUUAGAGAUUUAAAAAAUGUGUUAUUGAUACCCUUGUUUAAAUACUUGUUCUAAUCCCCUCACCUACCCAUACAACUGAACUCUGCCUUGUAAAAAAAAGAAAACUGUUAGGCAAGAAAUGACAACAUCUGGCAGUGGAUACAACAAAAUCCUGCCCUCAUAAUCCCCUGCCUCUCUGCCAUCAGCAGGGCUGUUUCAUUAUCAGUUCUCCUGGACCAUUCUUUGUUUUUUACUCCCUCAGCUUUCAAUUUUCCUUUAGUCCUCUUUUCAUUUGCAUUGUUAUUAUCAUUCUGUUUAAUAUCCUUCCUAAUUACUUUACUGAGUAUGAGUUCAUAUAAAUCUUUCCAUGAUUCUUAAGAUUCCUCAUAUUCAUCACAGUACAACAAUAUUCCCUUACAUCCACAUUCCUUAGCUUGGUUAGCCAUUUUCCUAUCAACGGACAUCACCUCCAGUUUUCUACCACAACAAAACAUACCACUAUGAAUAUUUUUGUAUAUAGUGAGCCUUUGUUUCUGUCUUUUACCUUCUUGUGGAUAUAUCUCCACUAAUGGGUUCAUUGGGUCAAAAGGUAUGAACAGAUUCAUCAUUUUUCUUUAAUAACAAACACUAAAUUAUUGUCCAGUACAGUUCAACCAAUCUAUGGCUCCAUCAACAAAGUAUUAAUAUGACUAUUCUCCCAUAGCCAUUGACUAUUUCCUGUUUUCCACCUUUGCAAAUUUGCAGGGUAUAAGAUAAAGUGUCAGAGUUAUUUCAAUUUGCAUUUCUCUUAUUUAUGAUUUGGAUUUUGUUUUCAUAUAGCACUAACAAUUUGUAGUGUUUGAAAACUGUUCAUAUCCUUUGAUCCCUCAUUUGUUGGGGAAUGAUUCAUGGUGUUAUGUGUCUAUAUUAAAUACCUAUACAUUUGGAGUGUCAGAAUUUUUAUUAGUGAUAUUUGAUGCAAAAUUCGUUAUCCUCACUUGACAGUUUAUCUUCUUAUUCUAGUUGCAUUUAUUUGUGAAAAAGGUUUUAGUUUCAUGUACUUGAAAUUGUCCAUUUUGUCUUCAAUGAUCACCGUUAGCUCUUGUUUGUUAUUCUUCUUCUAUUUAGAGUUGUGAAAGGUAUCUCCUUCCAUUCUCUAAUUUUUUAAAGAUGUGACACUUUAUAUUCAGUCUUGUAUCCAUUUGGAACUUAUUGAGUUGUACGGUAUAAGAUUAUGGUGUAUACCUAAGUUCUGCCAAACCACUUUCCAAUUUUCUCUCUGAGGGAUUUUGGAAACCUUAAAACAAACAAUAUUUUAAAAUACCAUCACUUUCUUAUUAUUACAAAAACUAGUUAAAACUCUGCUUAUUGUAUUAGAGAAUGUUCUUAUUGUAUUAGAGAAUGUAUUAGCAUGUUAUUUAUGUAUCAGAUUGGCAACUGAUACAAGUAUACAAAAGCUUAUUUAAAUAGUGCAAGAACACUGGACUGAGAGUCAGGGGACCUAGAGGCAUCUAGGACUAGUGAUGGACUUAGAGUAAGGAAGACCCCAGUUCAAGUUCAAAUCCUGUCUUGGACACAUACUGGCUGUGUGACUCUGGACAAGUAAACUUCUCUCAGCCUCAAUUUCCUCAUCUGUAAAAAUUGGGUUAAACUCUGUGGCUCUCUUCCAGCUCUAAGUCUAUGAUCCUAUGAAUUGACAUUGAAUCAUGGCUCUGCUACAGAUUGCUUGUAUGUCCUUAGGCAAGUCAAUUAACUUCAAAUUUCCUCCUUCAUAAAAUGAGUGGAUUGCUGUGGGUGAUUUCUAAGGUCCCCUCCAGCUUUAAAUUUCAUGACACUUAAGAGCAAAAAUUCCUAUCUAUAACUUUGAUUUUAAUUGAAUUCAGAUUUUUAGAAACUAUUAUGACAAAGGAAUAUACAUUAAAGAACGAAACCCAAGAAAGCCAUUGUUGCUGAUUUUAUAUAUAAAAGUUCAAUUAUAAUUAUACAUUAUUGUUUAACCUAUAAAAUGUCACCAACUCUAAAAAUACAAGACAAAAGUGUUUGAAAGUAUUUGCUUUAAAAUAACUAAGAAUUACUAUUAUGUUUUAGGUUGUUUAAAAGUGAAGUUUGUGUAUAAUAAUCAUAAUUAUCAUGAUUUCAAAACCAUUUGCCAACAUUCUGUUUGCAUGAUGUGACAGAAAAAAUGUGGAUAUUUAUCAUGUCAUAGCAAGAUCAAGAAAAUUUACUUAGAGAAAUAGAUAACUUUUGCAGUGCUGUGUAGCAUGAGUACUUGGUUGCAAAGCAAACCCUCUGUAUCUUCUAUAUAUUAAUGUAGCUUCUUGCUGAUUGUAUUUGGAGGAUUAUAACAAUUUACUAAGCCUCCUAAAAACUUCUACUUUUCAAGAUGUUAAACCAUAAGCUACAUUCCUUCAUUCAUACUUAGAUAGACAUCAUUUUACCAGAGCAGUAAGGUUUUAGGGAAAGGAAGACUGAUGAUUUCAUGUGCCCAUGGAGAUAAGGGUUUGGUUAAGGAAGCACAGCAUCUCAAAGUUCCCUAAAGGACACAUACACAGGAGGUGUCCAGGGGAGGAAUAUGACCCACAUCUGAGUAAUAUUUUCUUCAAAAGUGACUGUUAAAUUAAACAUUUUCUAUUUGGGCUAUAUUAAUUAAUGUAAAGUUAGAAAUUAAAAUUAUAUAUCCUUCACUAUUGAAAAUGAUGUACCUUAAUGAAAUUACUUCAGGCUGUGGUAGUAAAAAAAGCAUCCCUCCUUCCUUCCCCCUUUUGCUAAUUCCAAUCUGAGAGCUACAGCCAAUCUGAAAGUUUCAUAAAAUCUCAAAUAAAAAGAGAGGCCAGAUGGCUUCCUUUAUAUGAGAACCCCAUUAGGACUAGGAAAAACAAUAAUUCAGUCAUGAAAUAGGGUCUAAAAAGUGGCAAAUAAUGGAGAUGACAAUGGACAUGCUUAUUAAUUUAAGUUUUAGAAUAUAUGUGAUGAGGAACAGAUUUAGGAUCAUAGGGUAACAGCUUUGGAAGAAACCUUAGAGGGCCUCCUCUCAUUUUACACAUGAAAACACUGAGUCCCUGAGAGAUAAAAUGGCUUGCUUUUAUUCUGGACAGCCUGAAUUCUAGAAUAGAUUUUUAAAGAGAAGGUUUUUAGCUAGAGCAGACUGAAAGAAGAAAGAUUCCCCAGACCAUCUAGAAUGAAGAUACAUGACUUGGAGUCUAAAGAAUGUAGUUGCAGUCCUUGUUCUUCCACUUACUACCUAUGUGACCUUGUGCCCUUGGGGCUCAGUUUUCUCAUCUGUAACAUUAGUGGGUUUGACUAGAUGGUCUCUAAGGUUCCUCCUGGCUCUUACAAGCAUUACCACUUGAUCGCAUUAAACUCAAAGGAGGAUUAAUUAAAAGAAAGAGUCUAGGAGUCAGGAAGUGAGUAAUAGGAGUGUGUGUUGGUUAUGCACCAUGGUGACUGCACACCCCAACCCAUCAUUAUAUUUGCCUUCUUCCAACUGACCACUUUUGUGUUGAUAGAGCUACCUCUAGUGAUCAUUAUUUAGUAACAUGUCUUUGUUUAAUGGAUUUUGAAUAAAGUGAUUUUAAUUUAUCAA